AACAAUGGAGGAACAAUUAGGACAAUUGAGAUUGGAGCAGGAAAACUUGGCUAGACAAAGAGAUGAGUUGCAAAGAGAGAAGGAAAAACUACAAUCACCACAGGAAUCAACGGAACAGGUUCGAAUACUUCAAGCAGAAAAAGCAGUUGGCUUAAAAACUGCUAAUCAAAAUCGUAUAGUAUUAGCCGUUAAUAAUUCAAUUCUCGCUACAAACCAUUUGUUAGGUAGGUCGGCGAAUCAUUCUCAAUAUUUAAAAAUGGACAUCAAACCUCCGAAAUUUUCUGAUCAAUUAAAUCAAAAUCCUAUGGAACUUUCAACAGAAUGAGACAAUUAUCUCAGAAGUAAUUCCGUAAAUGAACCUCAAACUUUUCCGGUUAUAAGGAGUCUCUUUUCUGGAAGAGCAGAAAUUUAGUUUGAUCUAAAUAGAGAUUCAUCUGAUAAUCAUGAAAGCUUUGAAAAAAUUUUCAAAAACGAAUUCUACCGUAAAAGUAACUAUGUCAAACUAGGGCUGCAGCUCAAAAGUGGUACAAAUUCUUUUCCCAUGUUCUUCAUCGCAAACAGAUGGUAGCCCAUGUAAUUGUAUGGUGGGGGACGCCAUGAAACCCCAUGAAAAAACUUCAUUAUAAUUUUUCAAACAUAUCCGAGCAAAUCUCGAAUAUUCCACACACGCACAACACGCACGCGCGCGCGCAAAUUUAUUCACUAACAAUAAUUCAUUUGCAUCCAAACAAACCCAACAAGCACUGCAAACACAUUGUGGUCUUGAGAUUCUAUGUUCACUUUGAACGAAAGAAGGUGAGUAACCACAAGAAAUAUUGAUAAUAAAAUCAUUCACGACACAAUGAAUUGUAACGGGUGUAUUAGUGCCAUAUCCCUAACUUAUCACCUGACUUCUCAUAUCUUCAUGCUAAUUUUUUUUUUUUUUUCUUCUAUUGAAAUGUAUAGCGUCCCCCAGUAUAAUAUCACACGGGGUAUCAUGUGUUGACAAUAUAGAGUGAAUAAAAAAAUUUGGACCACUUUUGAGCCGCAGCCCUGAUUCGACAUAAUUAUCCAAUAUUCUUCAAUGUAUUCCAAUAGUGUAUUUGUUGAACUCAAUGAACCCCAUAUCAAUAUCCAUGAUAGUACUUCCGGAAAAAAUUUGCAAAAAUAGUAUUUUUUCCCAACGUCUGAGCCAGAACGAUCCCUGGAAAUUUUCGAAGAUAUUUGAUUUUCAAUAUCAAUCAUUUAAAAAUUAUUUCUUCAUUGACAUGAUUUGAAUAUUGCUCACAUACAUUUCUUUACGGUCCCUCAAUAAAAGCUGUUAAUUUUAUUUCUCACACAUAUAUUCGUGUAUCGUCGCUUGAACGCACGAAAUAACCACGUUUCUCCAUUCUUCUAUUAUGACCUCUAUUGUCUGUACACCGAAGGAUCGUUCAUGGAAAGUCCCUACGAGGCGUCGCAGGUGUUCUCGAUGAUUCUAAGAAAGAGGUAUCCUUGUUGGAAAUAUGUACCUGCGGAUAAAUCUUCGACCGCGAAAAUGUAAAGUUUUUCAUUUCCCAUUAUUGGAAUUAACAACAGACACAUCGGACAGGUGAGAAUGGUUUUCAUCUAGUUACUUAUUUGUAUUUCUCUCGCUCCUCCUACUUUUACCUCUCACCGAUCGUAAUAUUCGGUGAAGUGCUGAUUGGCUCUCCACUUUUGCAAGAGCCGCCUAUUAGGCCCACCGCCUACUAUAUUUAGGCUCAGAGCCAGUGUCGAUGACAAUCAGUUCGAUCGACACCACUGGAGAUGGUAACAAUUGGCGGUGAGUCGCAACAGUGUCGCAAAUGUGUGAUAUUUACAAGCGUUUGAUACAUCACUAUACUCGUAAGCGAAACAGAUACGGGGCAUGAAUGAUCAAAUCAAGAAUCCUUAGCGUGUUCGAAUUGGAUAUUGAACACGAUUUGCAGUCCCAAACAACAGGAAAAUGGUUUUUCGGCUGACUUCAAAAGAGAAAAUCGCAGCAUUCAUAAGAGUUGCGGGAGGUGGCUUGGUAAUAUUCAGCGGUGCGAACAUCUAUUCUGGAAAUGAAAAGUUCUAUGACAAUGUGGUGAUGCCACUCGUUCGCCUGAUUGAUCCAGAGACGGCACACAACCUCGCCAUAGCGGCAGCUAAGUUCGACUUCAUUUCCAAUGGGGCUUACGAUGAUCCCAUGAGAUUGAAGUCUACAGUAUGGGGAUUAAACUUCAGCAAUCCCUUGGGAAUAGCAGCUGGAUUCGAUAAACAGGGAGAAGCAGUUGAUGGCCUGCAUAAAAUUGGAUUUGGAUUUGUGGAAGUUGGAUCUGUAACGCCGGUGCCACAGGAUGGGAAUACAAAACCCAGAGUCUUCCGGCUGACUGAAGAUAAAGCUGUUAUUAAUAGGUAUGGAUUUAAUAGCGAUGGUCACCAAGCAGUUUUUGAUCGCUUACAGAAUACCAAAAGUCAUACAGACUUCACAGGAAUUAUUGGAGUCAACUUGGGCAAAAAUAAAACUACUCCCGACCACGUGCAAGAUUACAUAGAUGGCAUCGAAAAAUUUGCAGAGGUAGCCGAUUACUUUGUGAUCAACAUAUCUAGCCCCAAUACUCCCGGGCUGCGUGCCUUACAGGAUAAAAGCCAUCUGGAAGAAUUGAUAUCUAAGAUCAACAUGGCGUUUGAAGGGUUAGCUAGGAAGCCACCUUUGCUAGUUAAACUAGCUCCUGACUUGAGUGAACAAGAACGGCAAGAUAUAGCCGAUGUUAUCAAUUCAUCGAAAUGCAAGAUAGACGGACUAGUGAUAUCUAAUACUACCAUCCAACGGUCAAAUUUAACGAGUUUCCAUAGAGAAGAAACUGGCGGUCUUAGCGGAGCCCCACUGACGCACCUUUCGACUGCAAUGAUUGGAGACAUGUAUCGUAGGACUAAUGGGAAAGUACCGAUUAUAGGCGUUGGUGGUAUAUUCACUGGUGAAGAUGCUUAUCAAAAAAUCAAAGCUGGAGCAUCGUUAGUCCAAAUUUAUACAUCAUAUAUAUACCACGGCCCUCCAAUUGUGAAACGAAUAAAAAAAGAAUUGAACGAACUUUUAAUAAAGGAUGGGUACACCUCUGUGGUUGAUGCAAUCGGCAAGGAUUCCAUUGAGUCUAAAACCUAGUGAUCAAGUCUUAUUUCUAAUUCUCAUAUCUCAACUACAGCCAUGUACGAUUUACCCUGCAACUCAUUCUCGGCUACUAACAUCCGUACGACUGACAGAACUCCCAGACCUCGAAUGGUGUAUACAGGAAUCGAAUCACGAUGAUAUCUUCACGUACAUCUCACAUUCUGACGAAAGUGUAUUAAAAAAUAUGAAAUAUGUCGAUCAUAAGCCAUCGAGCGUCAUAAACAGAAUUUCAGGGAUGA